AUGGCAAAUCAAGAUGCUGCUGCUGCUCCGCCCACGUUUACUUUCGAGUCGUUCGAUAGAACCAAAUCGAUGUGGUCUCGAUGGGUGAAAAGGUUUGAAGGAGCACUACUAAUUUUCGGAAUUCCGGAAGUCAACCGGAAGAAUAUGCUGCUUCAUUACAUGGGGGCCGAGACAUACAACGUGCUGUGUGAUCAUUUGUCUCCGACCGAGCCCGAAAAUAAAACCUACGCUGAAAUAGUCACUCUACUUGGAGAGUACUUUGAUCCGGAACCUCUAGAGAUGGUGGAGCUUUGGAAGUUCCGUCAGCGGAUGCAACGAGAAGGCGAAUCCAUUACGGAGUAUAUUACGGAUCUCCAGAGGGAUGCGAAGUAUUGUGGCUUUGGCGAAUACCUGCAAAAAGGAUUGCGUAACCAGCUGAUGUUCGGCCUGAGGAAUCAGCGAAUUCGAACUCGCCUGAUCGAAGAGAGGGAGUUGACCUUUGACAAAGCAAAACAGAUCGCACUUUCCAUGGAGGCCUCUGGUGAGGGGGCAGAAGUGCUCAAUCGGCGGUAUGAGGUUAACCUGGCAGAACGGAAGAAGAGUCAACCGAGGCGAGAUGCCACUGCGGCAACAACUACUAAAAGGCUCAGAGUAAGCGGAUCACUGGUCAAGUUUGAAGUAGACAGUGGAUCCCCAGUAUCUCUAAUUAACAGUAGUGACAAGACUAAAUACUUCACUGACUUACCAUUAAAACCGACUAGCAUUGAGCUGCGAAGUUAUUGCGGAAGCAAAAUUAAAGUGUUUGGUGUCGUUGAGACAGAAGUCAUGUAUAAGGGACAGAAAAACAAGCUGCAUUUGUUUGUGGUUGAUGCUAAGCGACAUCCAUUGUUGGGACGAGAAUGGAUACGAGCGUUACAAUUGGAUUUGAACGCCAUCAUGGAUAGUUCUGUAACUUCCGUUGACAGAAUUAAUUUGCGAACUACCCUUCCUAUAGCAAUUAAAGAGCUGGUGGAAGAGUUUACGACCGUGUUCGAUGAUUCAAUUGGUAAAAUUGAAGGAGUUCAGGCUACCUUGCAUCUCAAACCGGAUUCCAAGCCAGUUUUUCUCAAAUCGCGUUCUAUACCGUUUUCAAUUCGUGAUACAGUUGAACGUGAGAUCCACAAGAUGGUCGAAAGUGGAAUCCUUGUAAAGGUGAAUCGCAGCGAGUGGGCGACGCCGAUCGUACCAGUGAUGAAAUCUGCCAACAAAAUCCGAUUGUGCGGAGAUUUUAAGUUAACAGUCAACAAAAGCUUGCUGGUAGAUGAACAUCCAUUACCUUCUAUUAACGAGAUGUUUUCAAACAUGGCUGGAGGAGAGAAGUUCACCAAGCUGGAUCUUGCUCAAGCCUACCUACAAAUGAUGGUACGACCAGAGGAUCAGACGAUGCUGACGUUGAAUACACACCUAGGACUGUAUCAACCAACGAGGCUAAUGUACGGGGUGGCCUCAGCACCUGCGAUCUUUCAGAGAGAGAUUUCACAAAUUCUGCACGGUAUACCAGGAGUGUCAGUCUUCUUAGAUGAUGUGAAGAUUACCGGCCCAAAUGACGAAGUGCACUUAAAUAGAUUACGCGAGGUAUUGAGGCGAUUUCAUGAGCACAACAUGCGUGUAAAUGUGGCGAAGUGUGAAUUCCUUACUGACAGCAUCGAAUACUGCGGCUACAUCAUUGAUCGUCGAGGAAUACACAAGAUGCCAAAGAAGGUGGACGCUAUCCAAAAGAUGCCGCGUCCAGAGAACCGUGAGCAGGUUCGUGCCUUUUUAGGACUCGUGAACUACUAUGGUAGGUUUAUGAAGAAUCUUAGUACUAAACUUUACCCGAUAAAUAAUCUUCUGAAAGACAAGACACCAUUCGUCUGGACCAAUGCUUGUGAGCAAGCGUUCUUAUGGGUAAAAGAAGAGAUGCAAUCAGAUCGAGUACUAGUGCAUUACGACAUCAGAUUACCAGUGAUGUUAGCUACCGACGCCUCACCGUAUGGAGUUGGAGCUGUUUUGAGUCAUCUGUACCCGGAUGGCAGCGAGAGACCUAUACAGUACGCUUCGCAGACAUUGAAUAAAACUCAACAGAACUACACUCAGGUAGAUAAGGAGGCGUACGCGAUUAUCUUCGGUGUGAAGAAAUUCUACCAAUUCCUGUAUGGACGGAAGUUUAUCCUAGUGACGGACAAUAAGCCUGUGGUGCAGAUCUUUUCGCCAAAUAAGGGGCUACCUACUCUUGCUGCGCUACGUAUGCAACAUUAUGCUGUGUUCCUUGAAUCCUUCGACUUCGAAAUCCGUUAUCGUGCGUCAAAGGACCAUGCCAAUGCCGACGGGAUGUCACGUUUGCCAGUUAUAGAUCGGAGUAUUCGAGGUCAGAUGGAAGAAGUUGAUGUUGUGCAGAUUAACCAAAUCGAAACUCUUCCAGUCGAUGUGAAAGAGCUCGAAGAAUUUACUGCUAAAGAUAGGGCUGUCAAGGAACUAAUUCAAGGACUCAGAACAGGACGAGCAGUUGAAGGUCGUUUCAGAUUCGGAAUUGACCAGAAUGAGUUCGGUAUGCAAGGUACGUGCUUGAUGCGAGGCAUACGAGUGUACGUACCACCUCUACUGCGCAGCCGUGUUCUGAAUGAGCUGCAUUCUGGCCAUUUUGAGGUCUCCCGGAUGAAAUCACUUGCAAGAUCAUACUGUUGGUGGGAGAAUAUCGAUCGGGACAUAGAAGAACUCGCACGCGGAUGUUCUGAUUGCGCUCGAACCACAGCAAAUCCUGCUAAGGUUCCAAUACACUGUUGGGAACGGCCUUCCGAACCAUUCCAAAGAAUUCAUGCAGACUUUGCUGGGCCUUUCAUGGGGUUAUACUUCUUAAUCUUAGUCGACGCUCACAGUAAAUGGCCUGAGGUGAAAAUUAUUCCAGAUUUAACUACGGAGACAACUAUUGAACGAAUGAGGGAGUUUUUCGCCACAUUCGGAUUGCCGUCGGUACUAGUGACUGAUCGAGGUACUCAGUUCACGUCGGAACAGUUCCAGAAGUUUCUUCGGAAGAAUGGAAUUACACACAAGAUGGGUGUACCAUAUCAUCCUGCCACAAAUGGCCAGGCAGAACGAUAUGUUCAAACAUUCAAGAACAAAUGUUCACGUUCCGAAAUUCAUAAAGAACUGCAAAAUAUACUCAUGGCGUAUCGAAGAACAGUACACCCUGUUACGGGGAAAAGUCCGUCAAUGCUAGUUUUCGGACGGCAGAUCAAGUCAAAGAUCGAUUUAAUGAUUCCUAAGACAAAUAGCGAUAAUUCUCUCCAACGGGAGGAGAAACCAAUACGUUCGUUCAUGGUAAACGACAGAGUUGCUGCUCGUGAAUUCUUGUCUAGUUCGGAGAAAUGGAGGUUUGGAGUGGUCGUAGAAAAGGUAGGAAAACUGCAUUACAUGAUUGAGCUGGAUGACGGUAGGAUGUGGAAACGGCAUAUCGAUCAGCUGAAGCCAGGGCCAGUAAUUCAGCAGGACUAUCCAGAGGUGCAGACUGCAAACGAUACAUUUAGAAGACGUGAAGUUAUGAAACCCUCUCAUAGGAACCAGUUCAAAGCCCAAUCGAAAACUAAUCUCGGCGAUACUGACACGACAUUAGACAUUGCCCACGACCUUGACACGAGUAUCACACUCCCUACUAGAAACGGCGUACCUUUAAAUACUGCGAUUAGAGAUGCUGAAACAGCUACAGGUUCAAUCAGAGAACAACAAAAUAUAAUCAAUGACCAGUCAGAAACAGAUCAUGAUACGAUUCGUAGGUCUAUGAGAAACAGAAGACCUCCACGUAAACUGAAUCUCUAA